AUGGUCGGUCACCCCGUCGCCGCCACCUGCGGCCCCGUCGCUGUCACCUGCGGCCCCGUCGCCGCCACCUUCGGCCCCGUCGCCGCCACCUGCGGCCCCGUCGCCGCCACCUGCGGCCCCGUCGCCGCCACCUGCGGCCACGCAGCCGCCACCUGCGGCCCCCCCGCCACCUGCGGCCCCGUCGCCACCACCUGCGGCCCCAUCGCCGCCACCUGCGGCCCCUGCGAUAGGGCAGACGGACUCUCUCUGUUUGAUCUCACCUCUGGUGCCUCUCCUGCCCCGCCUGCUACUGCUGACAGCACUGUUCGCUCACAGUGGGCCACACGCGAUGCUGCUGCCCGUCUUGCUGUGCGUCGCCACUUACUGACCACUGAGCUCACCCGGCUUCCUGACUCUCUCCGUGUAGUCACGGACCACUUCCUCUCAGUUUGCCCAACCACUCUCACCGAUGAACUCCUCGAGAAGGCCCUCCUAGUAGCAGAGAAGAGCAUAGUCGCUGUAGGAGCCUCUUGUGGUGACCCUCGCACCCCCGUCUUUGAGGGGUGUUCCCCCUCCCCCCUUUUGCCCUCUGUUGCCUCUACUGCUGCGGCCGACCUCGUUGGUUUCGAGUCGGUCGGCGCUGCGUCUGCCCCGAGCGGGAGACGCCGCACCGGCAACGGCAAGGGGGGCAAGAGCGCUGGAGGGGCUGGCGGGGGCGGUGCGGGUGGCAGUGGAGGCAGUGGAGGGGGUAGAGGUGGUGGUGGGAGUGGUGGCGGGGGUGGAGGUGUCGGUGGCACCAGUGGAGGCGUAGGAGGCGGCGGCGGUGGCGGAGGGAGCGGAGGCGGUGGAGGUGGUGGAGGCGGCGGAGGCGGCGGAGGUGGCGGAGGCGGCGGCGACAGCAGUGGACCUGGUCGUAGCUCUGCGCAGAGGAGUGGCUCCGGUGGAGGUACGCGCAAGCAGCAGCAGCGCAGUCAUGAGACCCUGUCCCCUCAGCAGCUUCGUGAGUGGUACGCUGCGCGUCAGCGCGGUGGGGAUACGGGUCCAUGCACCUACGCGGGGGUUGCUAUCUUUGAUCUUGAUUUUGAUGCUAUUCUUGCUGCCAUGUAUGCUGUUGCUGAUAAUGUUGAGGGUGACUGUUACCUGUGUGUUCCGCCGGACCCGGGCAUUGAGCCUGCUGCUCUAGGUGCUGGUGAGGCUGCUGCUCUAGGUGCUAGCGCGUCUGCUGCCCCAGGUGCUGGUGAGUCUGCCCUCUCAGGUACAACGUUUCUACCUCCCCUCGUUCUCUACGAACUUGGUGAGUGGAGCGGACCUCCAGGAUAG